CAGCCCUGCCCUGUCUUUCGUCGACGCCGACAUUGAACCGCGUGACCGCUCCUUGGAGGGCGCACACAAAGACACCCAGUCACACUCACUCACUCACUCACCCAGUCACACGCCGGGCCAGAGGCCAACCCCCAUCGCCAUGCCCCGGAAGCCAUCCCGCGCCGGGCCCCGGGGCCGGAGCCUCCUGGCGGUGGCACUCGCGGUGCUCGUGGCGGUUUCGGUGCACGGCGGGGCCAGCAUGCCCGCGGCGGCGGCCUCGGUGGCGGGGGAGCUUUUGGAUGCGGACGAGCACGAGCCACAAGCGCAAACGCAGGCACAAACGCAGGCACAAACGCAGGCACAGCCACAAGCACAACCACAAGCACGGUCACAAGCACGGCCACAAGCACAACCUCCCGCCGAGCCCGGUGGGAGCGAUUCCGGAAGAGUCGCUUCGGCUGCUUCCGCCGCCGUUUCCCCGGCCCCCUCGGUAGCCGAGAUCUUCCGAAGCGCCCGGCGCAGGGCCCUGGGGGGAGGCCUGCCGGGGGCGGCCGCCGGCGUCGUGCAGGUGCUCGCCCUCAUGUGGCUGAGGACCACGAUCAACUACCAGUGCCGGUACGGUGGGAGCUUUGGCCACGCCCUCUCCCUGCUCUACCGCGACGGGGGCGUCCGCCGCUUCUACCGGGGCAUCGGCUUUGCCCUCCUGCAGGCCCCCCUGACGCGCUUUGUCGCGACGGCCUCCAACGACGGGGUCCUGGCACUGCUGGCCGGCCUGCCGCAGACCAGGGACUGGACGCCGGCGGUGACGACCGUCUUUGCCUCGCUCACCGUCGGGGCCUUUCGGAUCCUCCUCAUGCCCAUUGACACCUGCAAGACGGUCCUUCAGGUAGACUCGAGGGAGGGCUUUCGCGCCCUGGUGAGGCGGGUCCGGGCGGGCAGGGUCGGGGCCCUCUACCAGGGGGCCCUGGCCACCGCCGUCAGCUCGGCGAUCGGCCACUACCCCUGGUUUGUCAUCUUCAACGCCCUGUCGUCGGCCGAGUGGCUUGAGGCCCUCGUGUCCUCCGGCCUCCUCCGGAACGCGGGCAUCGGCCUGGUGGCGAGCGUAGUCAGCGACACGGUCGUCAACGUCUUUCGGGUCAUCAAGACCACCAAGCAGAGCAUCGGCUCCCGGCACGACUUUUCCUACGGGGACACGAUCAAGGUCAUCCUCGCCGCGGACGGCUGGAAGGGCCUCUUCGGGAGGGGCCUGCGGACCCGGGUCCUCGCCAACGCGGUCCAGUCCGUCCUCUUCACGGUCGUCUGGAGGGGCCUGGCAGACCGGUGGGGGACCGCCGGCGGGGGCAGAAGCACAGAAACGGCGGGGGKGAGCCCCAGGGCCACACCGCGCCGCGGGGGGGUCCGGAAGAACAAGGGCAAACACAACGGCAAGCCCGAAGCCACCGGGCGCGAGACGAGGGCCGAAGGAGAAGAACAAACCGCACGGUGAGGAGGAACGACGGCGGGCCGGGGAAAGGACGGACGAACGAACGAACGAACGGGUUGCGACACGAUGCGAUGCGACUAAUUCUAC